AGUGCGCAUGCGCAGAGCGCUGUCAGGGCACGGCACACUCACAGCGACAGUAUGGCGGCGGGCUGCUGCUGGAGGGAUGCUGCUGUCGCCGCUGCCUUCACAAUGUGAGCGGAAUAUCGUCUGUUCUGCGGAAAGACUACAAUCACCCCCGAGGCCUGUCGCCGUGAUCUCGAUAAGAUGACCAGGCUCGCCGAUUACUUCGUGGUAGUUGGCUACGAUCUCGAUAAGAGAGGAGGUAGUGAGGGUCAAGGCCGGAUUCUCCAGCGUUUCCCAGAGAAGGACUGGGAAGAUAACCCCUUCCCUCAAGGCCUUGAGCUGUUCUGUCAGCCCAGUGGAUGGCAGCUGGAUCCCGAGAGAAAGCCUCCGUCUUUCUUUGUGUCGGUUCUCACAGACAUCAACUCUGAGCGGCAUUACUGCGCCUGCUUCACCUUCUGGGAGUCCGUGGAGAACCCGCAGCUACAGAAAGGAGAGGCCAGUGAGGCUGAUGAAGAUGAGAGUCCAGACGUGCUCCAACCUGCUCAACUGUACGCUCCUAAAAGCCUGGUCCUCGUGUCCCGCUUGGACCACACAGAGGUCUUUAGGAACUGCUUGAGUCUCAUCUAUACCGUUCAUGUGGAUGGCCUCACUGUUCCUAUGGAAACGGUGAUUGGAAACCUUCUCACCUGCAUCAUUCCUUUAGCUGGAGGCUCUCAGAUAAAUGACCCCCCUCUUUGUAGUUUAACUGACUGGCUGCUGGGUUGUUUCCAGCCGGGCCAGGACGACAGAGAGGAGAGCUCGAGGACCAUAACGCUCGGCGCGGGCGACAGGCAGGUUAUCCAGACGCCCAUAAAUGACUCCCUGCCUGUGAGCGGCUGCAGCGUGGCCCAGCUUUUCAGACAACUUGGAAUCGUGAAUGUUCUCUGUCUGUUUUGCGCUGCUCUGACGGAGCACAAGAUCCUGUUCCUCUCCAGCAGUUACCAGCGUCUAACGGAUGCCUGCAGAGCUCUGCUGGCCAUCAUGUUCCCACUCAAGUACAGUUUUACAUAUGUUCCCAUCUUACCGGGAAAGCUGCUGGAGGUGCUCAGCACUCCGACGCCCUUCAUCAUAGGAGUCAACUCACACUUCCGCUCGGAGACCCAGGAACUGCUCGAUGUAAUCAUUGCAGACCUGGACGGAGGGACGGUCACCAUUCCGGAGUGUGUCCACAUAUCCCUGCUGCCCGAGCCGCUUCUUCAUCACACACAGACCGCCAUCUCCAUGGUUCUUGAUCCAGAGCUGGAAGUGGCUGAUCAUGCGUUUCCUCCACCUUCCGUUCAACCUUCCACACUUAAAAUUCAGGACAAGGAGAUCCGCGCUGUCUUCCUGUGGCUCUUCGCGCAUCUGCUUCAGGGCUAUCGAUGGUGUCUGCAUAUAAUUCGAAUCCACCCUGAGCCCGCCAUAUGCUUCCAUAAGGCUGCAUUUUUGGGGCAGAGAGCACUAGCUGAGGAUGACUUCCUGAUGAAGGUGCUGGACGGCAUGGCAUUUGCUGGGUUCGUUUCUGAGCGGGGUCCUCCAUACCGAGCCGCAGACCUGUUUGAUGAUCUCAUAGCCAAUCAGGUGGAGCGCAUUCAAAAGGAGACAGGAGAUCCUCAUAAAAUGAUGAAGCAUAUUAAGGAGCUGGCAGAUCACCUUUUCAAAAAUGAAAACCCAUACCCAGCAGUAAGCAUGCACCGAGUUCAGAGAACAGUUGAAAACACACAGCCCCGGCUCCCACAGACCUCUUUCCCGCACCUGGACGAGGUCUCCGUGCAGCUCUUUAUAGACCACGCAACAGCAAAACUCAAAACCGCCCCGCCUGUGGUCAAGGCCGAACUAAAGAGCAUGGUCCCAUCCGGACCUCCACUGGCUGACAUAGUGGACAGAAACGGGAAUGUUCUGGCCAACAGUGCCAGGAGGUUAGAGGUGGUCAGGAACUGCAUCACAUAUAUAUUUGACAACAAGAUGCUGGAAUCCAAGAAGUUAAUGCCGGCAGUGUUACGGGCUCUGAAAGGUCGGGCGGCGCGGGUCUGUCUGACCCAGGAGCUCAACCUGCAUGUGCUGCAGAACAGGGCCGUUCUAGACGACCAACAGUUUGACUACAUCGUCCGCAUGAUGAACUGCACCCUGCAGGACUGCUCACAUAUGGAUGAACAUGGUAUUGCUUCUGCACUGCUGCCAUUGGUCACCGCCUUCUGUCGGAAACUGGGUGGAGGCAUCACUCAGUUCGCUUACAGCUGCGUUCAGGAGCACAUGGUGUGGACAAACAUGCAGUUCUGGGAGGCCAUGUUUUACAGUGACGUUCAGAAACACAUCCGGGCGCUGUACCUGGAGAACGAUGAGGAGGGAGACACGUCCAGCCCUGAUGGGGAGGGCGUUGGUGGUCAGAAGCGGCUGAGCGCCCUGGAGUUGGCGUCUGAGCAGAGCCGUCUGUGGCCCACGCUGAGCAAAGAGCAGCAGCAGGAGCGCGUUCAGAAGGAAGAGAGCACGGUUUUCAGUCAGGCCAUCCACUAUGCCAACCGCAUGAGUUACCUGCUGCUGCCGCUCGACACCAGCAAGAACCGCCUGCUCCGCAACACCGGCCUGGGAGACGUGGAGAGCGCCAGCAACAGCUACGUCACUAACAGUAUUGCGGGCAGCAUGGCAGAAAGCUACGACACCGAGAGCGGCUUUGAAGAUGCCGAGAGCUCGGAUGUUGCGAACUCUGUCAUUCGGUUCAUCAACCGUUUUGUUGACAAAGUGUGCAACGAGAGCGGCGUGACCAAACCCAAGCUUUUGAGACCAACGCUGCUCCCCGGUGAGGAGUUUGUGAUGGACGGCAUGCGGGUGCACCUUAUAGCAGACGGCCGAGAGGAAGCCACGGGCGCGAUGGGCGGUCCGCCUCUGUUACCUGCCGAGGGAGCCAUAUACCUCACUACCUACCGCCUCAUCUUCAAGGGCACGCCCACCGACCCUCUAGUUGGCGAGCAAGUGGUCACCCGCUCCUUCCCCAUCGCUUCCCUCACGAAAGAGAAGCGGAUCUCUGUUAAUCUUCCCAUGGAUCAGUUCUUCCAGGAGGUUCUCCAGCUGCGUUCCUGCACCUUUCAGCUGAUGAAGAUCGGCUUUGAUGAGGAGGUGGCAUCAGAUCUCGCAGAAGUGUUCAGGAAGCACAUGCAUAAGCUCAGAUACCCACAGCACGUCCAGGGCAUGUUUGCCUUCACCGUGGGUCAGUCUGCAAAGCUGGUGGUGGAGCACAAGACCAAGGACAAGAACCAGUCGCUAAAAACGCUGUCUAAAAACCUGGUUAAAACCGCGAAGAGGACCAUUGGGCGUCAAUAUGUAACCCGAAAGAAGUAUUCUCCCCCGACCUGGGAAAACCGCAGCAGUUUGCAGUCAGAGAUGGAUGAGGAUGAGAUCUCUGUGUCUGAAGAACCGGACCAGAGUUCGCUGACGCUCUCCUCCACCAUCCGCUCGUCAGACCGGCAAACCAUGAGUAAUGUGGUCGAGCGGGCCUGCUGUCGGGACUACCAGCGGCUGGGACUGGGAACGCUCAGCAACAGCCUGACACGCUCUAAAAACGAACCCUUCCGGAUCUCCACCGUCAACCGGAUGUACACAGUCUGCCGAAGUUAUCCAGGGUUACUGAUCGUGCCUCAGAGCAUCCCCGAUUCUACCAUCCAGCGCAUCUGCCGCUGCUACCGGCACAACCGCUUCCCUGUGGUGUGCUGGAGGAACUCCCGCACCAAAGCUGUGCUGCUGCGCUCGGCCGGCCUGCAUGCUAAAGGCGUCGUGGGAUUCUUCAAAUCCCCAAAUGCACCCACUGCAGGCCCGUCCCAGGCCGACUCCACCAGUCUGGAACAAGAGAAGUAUCUGCAGGCCAUCAUCAGCUCCAUGCCCUCAUACAGCGAAGCCAGUGGGAGGAACACACUCAGCGGCUUCACCUCUUCACACAUGAGCAACUCAGACUCAUCAGACAAGCUGAGGCAGCCUAAAAUAGGAGCUUUAAUGAAACAAGUCAUGGGGACUAAAGAGGACACGCCAGGAACCUUCAGUCGAGGAGCGCUGGGUCAGAGGGCAAGGGUCAUCUCCCUCUCUCAGCCUAGAGUUUCAGUCAAGGCCCGCAACUCACCUAGAGGAAAGUGGGGCAGUAUUCGUGGUAGUGGGCGGCUCAGCACAUAUAACCCUGAUGUGGGGAACAGGCUGGCUGGGAAAGAAUCCCCCCAGGCUAAUGGAGGCCCAUCCGAGACCUAUUUCCUUCGCCAACAGAGAGCGUACCUCUACAUCAUUGGAGACAAGUCCCAGCUCAAGGGUGGAAAGCAGGACUCCUUCCAGCAGUGGGAGGUGGUGCCCAUCGAGGUCUUUGAUGUACGGCAGGUCAAGAACAGUUUCAAGAAGCUGAUGAAAGCCUGUGUGCCUUCCUCAUCCAACACUGAACCAAACAUGACCUUUCACCGCUGCCUGGAGGAGUCGGAGUGGAUGAAUCUGCUUCACAGGGUUCUACAGGUGUCCGUUCUUGUUGUGGAACUCCUGGACACUGGUUCCUCCGUCAUGGUUAGUUUGGAAGAUGGCUGGGAUGUCACAACACAGGUUGUGUCCCUGGUGCAACUUCUGUCGGAUCCGUACUACCGAACGAUUGAUGGCUUCAGGCUGCUUGUGGAGAAAGAGUGGUUGUCAUUCGGUCAUCGAUUCAGCCACCGUGGAGCUCAGACGCUAGCCAGCCAGAGCAGCGGAUUUACACCUGUCUUCCUACAGUUCCUUGACUGUGUGCACCAGAUCCAUCUACAGUUCCCCAUGGAGUUUGAGUUCAGUCAGUACUAUCUGAAGUUCCUAGCCUACCACUACGUCUCCAACCGCUUCCGCACCUUCCUGCUGGACUCAGACUAUGAGCGCAUAGAGCUUGGUGUCUUGUAUGAGGAAAAAGGUGAGAGGAAGAACCCUCAGGUGUGCAAGUCUGUCUGGGAUUACAUUGACCGGCUCAACAAGAAGACCCCCAUGUUCUACAACUACAUGUUUUCACCUGAGGAGGAGGAGGUCUUGAAGCCCUACAGUUUUAUCUCCAACUUGAAGGUUUGGGACUUUUACACAGAGGAAACGCUUUCUGAGGGGCCGUCCUUUGACUGGGAAUUAGUGCGGGGUCAGCCGGAAAAGCCACAGGAGGAAGCCGGUGAUAGACAGGAGACGACGGCCCCCAAGUCCCAGCGGAGGAUCGUCUGGCCUUGUUAUGACAGCCUCAGUAAAGUACUGCCUGAUGCCAUCACCAAACUCUUGCAGGAUGUGCAGAACCUGGAAACUGAGUUGGGACAACCUACGGAAAAAUGGAAGGACACAUGGGACAAGAUUAAGACAGCCCAACGAGUUGAGUCCAGACUAGAGAGCAGGCACUCCUUCUCCAGCUCUCUGCUCAUGUCGUCCAAUCUGAGUCACCAGCGGCGCUCUCAGGGUGUGUAUCUGCAGGAGAGCGGGGUCGGCUCCUCCAUCAACCUAGCACUGGACUGCGAGGUCAGCGCCACAUCCACACCUGCAGCUGGUCGACCAAGUACCAGCACGCUCUACAGCCAGUUCCAGAGCACUGAGAGCGAGAACAGGUCUGUGAACACAUUCUUCAUACUUCAUCGGCUGCCCCGGGUCUGUUUUUGGGUUAAAUUACAUUUUCAGCUUUAG